GAACCAAAACACAAAAGCUUAAACUCAAAAACAAAACACAAUUUUUAUCUCUCUCUCUCUAUCUCUAAAAGCUCUCUUCUACAAUGGAGAAUUCGCCGAGAUAUAGAGAAGCGACGAAUCUGAUUCCAUCGCCGAGAUGUCACAAUACCAACAGUUGCAGCAUGAGCAGUAGCAGUGAAACUAACAAACCACCAACAACUCCGACCCGACACGUAACCACAAGAUCCGAAUCCGGAAACCCGUACCCGACAACAUUCGUUCAAGCAGAUACUUCAUCCUUCAAACAAGUCGUUCAGAUGCUAACCGGAUCCUCCGAGAGACCCAAACACGGUUCAUCUCUUAAACCAAAUCCGACCCAUCAACCCGACCCAAGAUCCACUCCUUCUUCUUUCUCAAUCCCACCAAUCAAAGCCGUACCAAACAAGAAACAGUCUUCUUCUUCUUCCUCAGGGUUUCGUCUCUACGAGCGUCGUAAUUCAAUGAAGAAUCUCAAAAUCAAUCCUUUAAACCCGGUUUUUAACCCGGUUAAUUCAGCUUUCUCUCCCCGGAAACCGGAGAUCCUCUCUCCGAGCAUCCUCGAUUUCCCAUCUCUCGUUCUUAGCCCGGUUACGCCUCUUAUACCCGACCCGUUUGAUCGAUCCGGGUCAUCAAAUCAAAGCCCCAACGAGCUUGCGGCGGAGGAGAAAGCGAUGAAAGAGAGAGGCUUUUAUUUGCAUCCAUCUCCGGCAACAACUCCGAUGGAUCCAGAGCCUCGACUUCUUCCUCUAUUCCCGGUGACUUCUCCUCGAGUCUCAGGUUCUUCAUCAGCUUCUACUUCUUGAAAAAACCCUAAUUUUUAUUUUUUUACUCAAAUUUUUAUUAUCCUUUUGUGAUCUUAAUUAUAUAUUAUAAUUGGGAAUUGAGAUAAAUCCUGUUGAGAAUU